AUGUCUGAAGUUGACGAAAAAUUACAACUCGAAGAUCUGGACCUUGACCACCAUUAUACAUUCCAGGAGUUUGAAAUAUUAAACGAAGAGCUAAAGACAUGUGCUCCUUUGGAAAUUAAAGGACAAACCAUUGAUCUUUUUGAAUUUGAUAAUACUGGAAAAUUAAUUCCUAUGCCGCAAGCCACAAUUUGUGCAGAAGUUGUCGUUGCAAAAAUUGCUUCUCGACUUGACCGCUGGAAUGAACAAACAUACCAAAAUGGCGCUAUCACUACAUCGCAAGGAGGUUUCAACUUUAAUAGCAGGGGAAAAACAAUAAGAGCACCAGACGUAGCCUUUAUGCCUAGAAAUAUAUAUUGUAAUUUGACUGAACAACAACGUUGGUCAUUUCGUGGAGAACCAUUCACACCAAUUUUUAUUGUUGAAGUUGGAGUGAUCGAAAACAAAUCUGAUUUUGAUAAAUUAGAUUCAAAAUUUAGAGACGUUUACUUUGGAGAAGGAACUUCUGUAAAAUUGGGAUGGAUAAUUGACCCAAAGAAUAAAAAGAUUUGGGUAUACAAAAAAACAAGAACUAAUGUUUUACGUUGCUAUGAUCAUGGUUGGAAAGAUCUUGAAAUUUUACCAGAAUUUGUAUUACAUAUUAAAUGUAUCGAAGAUGUCAUUAAUCAGAAAUCGGUCGAGUCUCCAGAAUCAAAGCUAAGACAAUGCCUUGAAUGUGAUCAAAAUUUCACCUCCAAAUACAAAUUUUUAAAACAUUAUGAAGAGGCGCAUUAA